GCGACGUGAGGUGAAGACGGUUCCAGACAUUUCUUAUAGACAGCUAUUUAUAUUAUAUACCUUUAUGUACAGUCUAUGAUUUAAAUUAUUCAUCUAAACAAACAAAGUCACUCCGGUGAUGGAGGACAGAGCUGGAGACGCGUCACCACCACUGGACCCUGAAGAGAGAGUUCCACCCUCCAAUGACACGCCUCCUCCUGAUGAACUUCAGACCAGAGAGGACUUAUUGCUAUAUUACCGUCACCUGAGCCUGGACCCGAACACAGCCUACAGGGAGCUGCUUCUGUCCGAGAGCAACAGAAAGGCAGAGCUCACAGACCUGGUCCAGUCGUACCCUGAUCACCCAGACAGGUUCUCCCACCUCUUCCAGGUGCUGUGCACAGAGGGCCUGUCAGGACGCUGCUACUGGGAAGUGGAGUUCGAGGGGUCGGUUGAAGUAGCGGUGGCGUACAAAGGCCUUGGAAGAUCAGACUAUUAUCACGAGUGUGCGUUUGGCUGCAACGACAAGUCCUGGAGUUUAGACUUAAACGUGAACAGCGAGUGUUUCAGACACAACGACGAGGAGACCCCGGUGCCCGAGUCCCAGUCCUCCACAGUGGGUGUGUACCUGGAUUAUAAAGCAGGUUCUCUGAUCUACUACUGCGUCUGUGACACGAGGCUGCAGCUGAUGCACCGAGUCGAGACCACGUUCACCGAGCCGCUGUACCCCGGGCUGUGGGUCGCAGGCAGCGCCCGGCUGUGUGACCUGGAGUGAAGGUCCAGUCUACAAGUGGGACGUCUGGGAUGAUGCUGUACAGCAGUGGGGACUGGGAUGUUGGUUUCAGACAGAGUGUGACACAAAACACCAAGGCUGCUCGGAGAUAAUGCAAGAUUGUUCUAGAAAUCAAAAAAAGUAAUGGUGAUAAUGUAUCUAUGACUGUACGAGAAAUUAACUUCUGAAAUAUUUGAACAAUUAUUGAAUGGAUAGCCAAGACACUUUACAUGUAUAUUUCAUUUAGUGUAUUCUAUUUGAGAAGUUUCAUAUUUGUUAUAUUAAAAACCCAAUUUAAUAGAAUUAUAACAGAUUAGGGAUUUAUCUAAUUGUAAUUCAGAUAUUAACUAAUAAAAAUGUCACUGGGCACUUUGUUUAAAAAGAACAUAUACAUUUAUAUAUUUUUUUUGCAGAACAAAAACUUAAAAUGUAUAAAAGCCUCUAUGUGGUAACAUAUGAUAUGAAUACGUUUCUGUGUCCUGCAGGAACAACACAAGUUCAAGACAAUGUGAUUUUGUGUUAAACUCAGAGACGCGACCUGAGCAGAAAGAAAAUGAUAGUACACAGACCACAAUUGAAAAUGCGUUAAUAUGGAGGUUUAUUACAACAUUAAAGUUUCAGAACAAUUA